GAUUAACCUAGUUUAUUAUAUUAACUGGCUAUAAAAACCUCUAAUGAUUUAAAUAUUUCAAUAAUUUUUAUACUAUAAACUUCGAUUGACAUUAGAAUAUCUUUCUAUCAACAAUUUAACAGUAAAAACAUUAAUAAAAACAAAACACUGUUUGGUGAUAAUAUUGGCAGCACUGCUCUCGUGACAAAACUUCGUUCGUUUCGUGGAUGGAUGUGUGCAUUUUGUGCAAAGAAAAAUGUGUUUUCGUAGAACUUUUCUUUUCCACUCUGUAUUGUAGUUUGAGAUACGUAAGUGCGUAAAAUAGCUAUAUCGUUGAACACUGCAAUAAGUUUUAACUUGAAAUUAAACUUAAAAACGUGUAUAUGUGACCGUGGAAGAAAAUGUUAUUGUGCGCUAAGUUUCGUAAUGGCGGCCCGUCGCGUCCCCCGCGCCUCCAUUUCCAUGACAGUCAAAUUAUGACAAUGCCGAUGCGUAAAGUUUAGAAAAUGUUAUGUUAUUGUAAAUAUUUUAGUGCAAGUUAUCUUAUCUAAGGUUGAAAGGACUAAUAAUGAAUCCAGAUCAUCACAAUAUCAACACGGGUGGUGGCCAGCCUCCUGGAACUUCGGAGUCUCAAAAUCAAAGAGUACAAAGUGCUCAACAACAACAGCAAGGUAGUAAUUUACCAGCUACGACGUCUGCGACAGAUCUCAGAGUGAAUUCUGCGGCAGUGAACGUUGCUUUGUCUAGCGUCGCCAAAUACUGGGUUUUUACAAACCUUUUCCCUGGACCUAUACCGCAAGUGUCUGUUUAUGGCCUCCCUACUGGUGCUAGAAUUGAAAAUGGAAAGCCUGUCCAGUUGCUGCAGGAUCUGGGACAAACACAUGCUAGUAUACUCAACGGUGACCCCAACAUCAUACUGGGGCACCAUGCUAGCCAACCCCAAGUCACAGUUUCAGCUGCAGGAGCUCAGCAAAUACCAGUUUCACAAAUCAUUGCCACUCAGUCGGGACAAGCACAUGAAGCAUUGGUGGCUCAUACACAACAGCAAGAGCUUGCUGCUCAUCAAGCAUCGGGCACAACUCAGGUCACUGUUAGCCCAGGCCAGCCUCAUCAGCAGGUACCCAAUAAUCGGGUCGAGUUUGUACAACACCAUAACAUUGAUAUGGGCCAUCAUUCACAUCAACACUUAAUGCAGCAGCAACUGAUGGCCAGUGCCCGUCCAGAACACUCAAAUCAACAGAUCCAGUUGACAGUGAGCGAGGAUGGCAUCGUGACCGUAGUAGAGCCGGGCGGCAAGUUGGUAGACAAGGAGGAAUUGCACGAAGCUAUCAAGAUGCCCACGGAUCAUACGCUCACCGUGCAUCAAUUGCAGCAGAUCGUGGGGCAACAGGUCAUAGACAGCGUUGUUCGUAUAGAACAGGCGACGGGUGAGCCCGCAAAUAUCCUCGUGACGCACAAUCCCGAUGGCACCACGUCCAUAGAAGCCAGCCCUGGUGAUCAACUUAUCGUCAAAGAUGAGAAAAACUCUUCCAAACUCGAGACUACACAAUAUGCCGAAAUCAAAGACAUCAAGGGCAUAGAUUUAAAGAGUGUAGGAGCAAUGGGAAUGGAAGGGGCCGUUGUGAAAAUAUCUGGUGCUUCAGAGCACGAUCUUCACGCCAUGUAUAAAGUUAAUGUAGAAGAUUUAUCACAGCUGUUGGCUUACCAUGAAGUGUUUGGGAAACUUAACGCUGAAGGACAACAACAAGCAAAGCCAGUGGAGGUAGAUGUGGAGGCAGGGACAAGCACUGCUAUGGCUGAAGCAGAAUCACCGCCUGGUCACCAUUCAUGUGACAUUUGUGGAAAGAUAUUCCAGUUCCGUUAUCAGCUUAUUGUUCAUAGACGAUACCAUGGUGAGAGCAAACCAUUCACAUGUCAAGUGUGCGGUUCAGCUUUUGCUAAUCUGGUUGAAUUGUCAAAACAUGGGAAGUGUCACCUUGCUGGUGAUCCGGCUGAAAGACACACCAAGCGAAUGACACAAGAUAAACCUUAUGCCUGCACUACGUGCCACAAGACGUUCUCUCGUAAGGAACAUCUAGACAACCACGUUCGCAGUCACACUGGAGAAACGCCGUACAGGUGUGAGUUCUGCGCGAAGACUUUCACUCGGAAAGAGCACAUGGUGAAUCACGUACGCAAGCAUACGGGUGAAACGCCGCAUCGCUGCGAGCUAUGCAAAAAGAGCUUCACUAGGAAAGAGCAUUUCAUGAACCAUGUCAUGUGGCACACUGGUGAAACACCGCACCAUUGUCAAAUAUGCGGCAAGAAGUAUACUAGGAAGGAGCAUUUAACGAACCAUAUGAGGUCGCAUACUAAUGAUACGCCGUUCCGAUGCGAUUUGUGCGGCAAGUCGUUCACCAGAAAGGAACACUUCACCAAUCACAUUAUGUGGCAUACGGGCGAAACUCCGCACCGUUGCGACUUCUGCUCGAAGACAUUCACCCGUAAAGAGCAUCUGUUGAACCACGUCCGUCAGCAUACUGGCGAGUCGCCGCACCGAUGCAACUUCUGCUCGAAGUCGUUCACGAGGCGAGAGCAUCUCGUCAAUCACGUGCGUCAGCACACCGGCGAGACUCCCUUCCAGUGCGGAUACUGUCCCAAGGCGUUUACGAGGAAAGACCAUCUCGUGAACCACGUGCGGCAGCACACGGGCGAGUCACCGCACAAGUGCUCGUUCUGCACCAAGUCGUUCACGCGCAAGGAGCACCUCACCAACCACGUGCGCCAGCACACGGGCGAGUCGCCGCACCGCUGCAGCUACUGCGCCAAGUCCUUCACCAGGAAGGAGCACCUCACCAACCAUAUCAGACAACAUACGGGAGAAACGCCGCACAAAUGUACGUACUGCCCGCGCGCGUUCUCGCGCAAGGAGCACCUCACUAACCACGUGCGCCAACACACCGGAGACAUGCCCUUCAGCUGCACUUACUGCCCCAAGACGUUCAACAGGAAAGAGCAUCUCGUUAACCAUAUCAGGCAACACACAGGCGAGACGCCGUUCAAGUGUACGUACUGCGCGAAGUCGUUCUCUCGCAAGGAACACCUCACGAACCACGUGCACCUCCACACGGGCGAGACGCCGCAUAAGUGCGCCUUCUGCACUAAGACCUUCUCCAGGAAGGAGCAUUUGACCAACCAUGUCAGGAUACACACAGGGGAAUCCCCGCACCGCUGCCAAUUAUGCCAGAAGACAUUCACUCGCAAAGAACACCUCACGAACCACUUCAAACAGCACACCGGCGACGCACCGCAUGCCUGCAGGGUGUGUUCGAAACCGUUUACUAGGAAGGAGCAUUUGGUCACGCAUAUGAGAUCGCACACCUGUGGCCAGAGGCCUUUCAGUUGCGGCGAAUGCGGCAAAUCUUUUCCGUUGAAAGGCAACCUGCUCUUCCACGAGCGGUCACACAAUAAGGCGGGUGCGGCUGCCGGCAAUCGACCUUAUCGAUGUGAUGUCUGCUCCAAAGAAUUUUUAUGUAAAGGUCAUCUAGUCUCCCAUCGGCGAACGCACACCGAAGCGGGCGACCCCCCCGCCGCCGGUGAUGCUCCGGCUGAAACAGAAGACUGUGGAGACUGCAAUGCAAAGUGUGUUAAGAUUGACCCAGAAACGAUCGAAAGGAAAUAUGAAAUUGGAACAACAGCAGAAAGCAGCAAGCCAGCUGCAAAUAAUGUUACGGAACAUCAACAAAGCAACCCAACUGUGAUGCAAAUAACGAGUCAAGAGGUACGAACGGCGCCUACGAGUACAGCCAGCGUGCCCACAACGUUCACCGUCAGCGGUCAGAACCACGCGCACCACCCCGUCACCGUCAACUACUAGCACCCCGCCACCCUCCACUACGACCAGUACUAGCUCACUGACAGGUGAGAGAUGAAAUGGGACACUGGUCGCGGAGUGACGUUUAAUGCCAAGGACCACAAGUUGCAGACAAUGUAGUUCUUCGAUUCGAUUGGUCGCACAACUUCAAAAGUUAAGCGUUGACAUUUUCAAUUAAAGAACAUCAUCAUCUCAAGAGCGUAAACGAGAAAGAUAGUUUGUAGAAACGAGCUUGUUACUGAUGUAAUUAACAGCUGAAUUAGUCGCCGAGUGGAAUACCUUCUGGCAUUUCAUUAUGAAUAUAACAAAGGAAUAGAAUUAUUGACCCUAGAAAAAGAUCUCAUAGUUUUGAGUCACUACCAAACGAGAGAGCAAAAAGAUUGAAUGUGGAGAAAUAUUUUGAUAGAAAUGUAUCAUCAAAUAUGAAAAAUUUAAAUUGAUGGCAUCUAAGAAGUAAAAACUAUAUGUUACAUAAUUGGGAAAUUUCCUAUUAUGACAUUUUCUACAUAUUCAUCUCAAUUAAUACCUACGAACACAAAGAAACUUGAAGUGCUGUUAAUCUUCAUUUUACACCUAUUACAAAGUGAACUUUUCAUAAAUAAAUGAAAGCCUAAAAGAAAAUGCUUUGUUGCUUACAUUAUGUAAGUUAUUUUCAUUUAUUUACAUCAUUUUAGCCAUUUUGUGAAAGCCAACAAUCUUUCUAAACUGUGAUAAUUUUAAUUGAUGACUUAUAGUGUAUUAUCAAUUAUCUUAAUAUGAAAACUGGCUUUGAACAUUUUUGGAGGGAAAUUUUAAUGUGACUGUUAAAUAUUUACAGUCUUUAAAUCAAUUGAACAAGAUUUACUCAGAUCCAGAUAAAAUGAGUAGGGACAAGUUGCUAUAAGAAUAUUUACUAUAUAAUAUUUAUUUUUUUAUUCUUUAAUAUUAAUUAUAAGCAAGUUUAUCUUAUUCGGGCUAUUUUACAAAUUGAAAUCCUUCUGUGAAAUUUCAUAAAAAAAAUUUGAUGAUGAGGGGGCAAAGUAAAUAAGUAUCUAUUUAGUCAGAUAUUUAGUUUGUAAAAAAAAAUGGCCACUUUUUUUGCUUUUAUCAAUCAACCAAAAAAUAACAAAUAGCACAUCAAAGUUUGGAAGGGCUCGUGACGUCAUUUCUAAGUCAAAAUGGUACAAGACAUUAUGUCUCUGUAUUUUUUUGAUUAUGUGAAUAAGGAAAAAAAUAUAUGUUGAAAACUUUUUGUUAAUCUACUGAUAGACCAAGAAAAAUAGUUCUGUUAUUAUCUCUACGGUAGUAUUAUCUACUAUAUAAAAAUAAGUCGGGUUUUCCUUCCUAACGCUAUAACUCCAGAACGCACGAACCGAUUUCCACGGUUUUGCAUUCGUUGGAAAGGUCUCGGGCUCCGUGAGGUUUAUAGCAAAGAAAAUUCAGGAAAAAUUUAAAAAAAAAAUCGUUUUCUUUUAAUCACAA